AACCCCUGCGGCAAACAGAUAUUGAAGAUAUCUUGUUCCCGCUAUAUAAUCCACCAAGAGAAACGAAAAAAUCUACGCUCCCAUACCAGAAUUCACAGACUGUACCUUCUAAACAAGAUAUUGAGAAAUGGAUAGCGAGGCUGUGAGACGGAGAAUGAACAUGAUUGUUGCCCAUUUUGCACACACCAUUGCUGAUGAUAUAUCCUCCCCCGCUCACCUCCUCCCUUUGAACUGCAGUGGCAGUUUGAAUUCUGUCAUCCGAAGGUGCGAUAAUAGAAUGUAUUUUGCACGUCAGGGGUCAGCUUCUCAAGCUUGCUUCAUGAGAAUUCAGCAGCAGGGUUGCUCACUCGUGUUUCUAAAAUCUAACUGUGCAUGCCAGCAGGGUAGCUCCGAAAAGGGUCUCCAAUCCUCUGCUUCUUCUGAAACAGAAUGGUCUUGUAAUGCUGAACUUAUAAACGAUGAAGCACCAUUGUUUUCGAGGCCUACCAAGAUGAAGCCGAACUUGCCAAACGUUGAACCGACCCUAACUCCUGCUAAAUAUUCCCAGUCAACCAUGUCUGCCCUUCCCAAGUUUGCCAGGCCAAAUAGACGCACAAUAAACAGGAACGGGCAGCUUCAGUUUGAGAAGAAAAUAAAUUCUUCUGAAUCUAAUGGAAUUGAGUGGUCACCAAAGAUGGAUGUUGUAGAAUCUGGGGUUAAUUAUGUCUUGAAAAUAGAGAUUCCAGGUGUUAACGUCAAUGACAUUAGAGUGGAGAUUCAUGGCCAAAACUUGAAAGUAUUGGGCAAACGCUCCACUCAGUGCAGUAAAAUGGCAUCCGGUGGUUGCUUAAGUGACUCCAUCUUAAGAUAUCACAAGAAGGAGAUUGUAGAAGGGCCAUACGAGAUUGUGUGGCAACUUCCCCUCGAUGGGAACAAGGACUCUGUCUCAGCUGAGUUUCUCAACGGAUUAUUACAAGUAACUGUUCCAAAAAUGUGAGAAUCAGCUGGGGAAUUCAUGAGCAAGAAGCACGUUGCAAUGUACCAUAUCAAAGUACAAUUAAAUUGGUUAUAUAUUUACAAUAAGCUAAUAAAAUUACGAUAAAUUAAUAACUAUUAAUACUGUGAUUGACUAGUAUAUAUUUUAUAUUUCUAGAAAUUCCGAGUACUUUAUGCCGCAAAUUUCACAGAAUGUUCUACUCUUGUAUACAAUAUUAUUGUUGGACUUGGCUCAAGA